AGGAUGCAGAUAGACUGUGGCUUUUAGCCUUUUACUAGCACUGACGCUCCACUCAGGCCACCACCAUCGUGGAACAGAAAAAGAAAGACAGACCACGCUAUCAGGCUUGGAGGCUAACCUUCGACCCUCAGUCCCUCUACGUGACAGCGGACCACAAACCUAGCUCACCACACCAGCCCGCUCACACCACCCAGGUGUCAAUAGGUGGGCCCCCUCUCAUCUCCAGCCCUGGUUGGUGGAGAUUGGCUGCAGCGAGGGCUCCACACCAUUCUGGACUCCCUGUCAUGGCAUCCAACAGCAUCUUUGACUCCUUCUCCAACUACAGCAGCAGUCUUCUCAGAGAGCCGCCCACCACCAGACGGUUCACGCCGCCCUCCACGUCCUUCCCCUGCAGUAAGAUUGGAGACGGCAACGGGGCCAUGGCCACCGCAGGGCCCCUCAGGUCAAGACCGGACACCAGGAACGUGGUGGACGUCCUGGCAGACCACGCCGGCGAACUGGUCCGGACCGACAGUCCCAACUUCCUCUGCUCCGUCCUCCCGUCUCACUGGAGGUGCAACAAAACUCUCCCCGUGGCUUUCAAGGUCGUGGCUCUCGGUGAUGUUCCCGAUGGGACUCUGGUCACUGUCAUGGCCGGGAACGACGAGAACUACUCGGCUGAACUGAGGAACGCCUCAGCCGUGAUGAAGAACCAGGUUGCCCGUUUCAACGACCUGCGCUUCGUGGGCAGGAGCGGACGAGGAAAGAGCUUCACUCUGACCAUCACUGUGUUCACCGGACCCCCACAAGUGGCCACCUAUCACCGCGCCAUCAAAGUGACUGUGGAUGGACCCCGGGAACCACGCAGGCACAGAGUGAAGAUGGAAGACCCCCAGAAGAUGCAGUUCUCUGACAGGCUGUCAGAGAUUGAGCGCUACCAGCGGAGUAUGAGAAUAGGCCCAGUCAACAACAACCCCCGCCCCAUCCACCAAACCCACCUUAGCACCACACAAGCAGCCCUGUGGCAGGAGCAAAUGGACACCCCUGCUCUGAAGACAUGCAAGGUAGAGGAGGACUUGAGACCAUGGCCAGGGACUACAGAUCUGUUCCCACAGAGGACCACCUUUCCAUCUCUGUCACCACUGACUGACCCUCGCUUCUCAGACCCCCGUAUGCACUACCCCGGGGCUUUCCCUUACUCUGCCAACACAUCCAGCACGGGCAUCAGUGGCCUCAGUAUGACACCCUCCUCUAGAUACCACACCUACCUGCCUCCACCCUACUCAAACAACCAGACCCAGAACUUCCAGUCCAAUUCUUACCUGUAUUACGGCACAGGCUCUGGAUCCUACCAGUUCUCCAUGGUGGCGCCGGGGAACACUGGGGGAGAACGCUCCCCCACCCGCCUGCUGUCUUGCUCAGGGGCCACAGGCACCGGAGGGACCAACAGCCUGAUGAACCCGGGCCUGAAUACCCAGAGUGAGGGCGUGGAAGCCGACGGCAGCCACAGCAACUCCCCCACAGCCAUGAGUGCUUCGGGUCGCUUGGAUGAGUCCGUCUGGAGGCCUUACUGACCGAAAGACAGACUGCCAGACAAUCAGAGGGUGUAGAAGAAGAGAGGGAGAAGAAUCAAAGAGGAGAUGAACAAAAAAACUGAACACUGACAGAAAAAAAAACAAAAAAAGAGAAAUGCUGCAUGUUUGUCUUUUAUUUCUCCAGCACUCGCUUAAAAGACUUGCAUUUUACCGACUCUCUCAAGACUUCCAUGUUUUUUUGUAAAUUGAGGGAACUCCUGCACUGUGCUAAAACAUGUACUCUUAAAGGACUAUGAAAGCCAUUAACUUUGAGAUGAUGUUCAGCUGAACCUGUAAAUAGAAGUGAGAAUAAGCCCAGAAAAGCCAUAGUAACAUUUCAGGAUCAUUUGUCUGGUAUAAACAGGUUAUGCACUCACAUUAAAGACAGAAGAACAAAAAGACAAUGGGAGAUAUAAACAAUCAGAACAGCUGAUGAACUGAAAAACCACAGCAAGCAUUACACAAACUGACUGAUUUAACUCACGUUGUUGGAGGAGAAGAACAGUCAGACUGGAUGUUUGUGCUGUGAGAGACUCUGACAUUGUUCUGAGGCAUGGCUGCACUGCUGUAGCAACUGGUCCUUUUAAGCUUUAACUUCUGUAAAAUGGAAAAAAAAAAAUGAAUACUGCAAAAUAUUGUGUCAGUUGUGAAAACAUGUUGCAUCUGGAGCUUUUUCCACAUGCUCACAGUACUUAUGCAGUACCUUGUUGCCUAAUUUAUUACUCAAAUGAUCACGUUAGCUUUUGGUGCUACAGAAUGCAGAAGACGUUUCAACACAAUCGCUGCAUCUUGGAGAGAAAAGCAUUUAAACUAUUUGGACUCGUUAAAGAAAUGAAUUUUCCUCUGCUGUGUCAGGGUAUUGAGUUGCAACGGGACAAUGGCUGAUGUUUUGAAGAAUGUACCAGACUAAAACAGAGGGGUGUUUAUGGUUUGAUUUUUUUUGCAGGAAAAAUUAGGUCCUGAAAUGUCAAGUCUUGUUUUUCCUUAAAUUUCUUAUUCAAGCCCUUUAAAAAAAAAAAAAAAAAAAAAAGUCCUGGUCUGGUAUUUUGAACUGGAUGACAUGGUUUACUUUUGAUAUUUAUUUGAGCCAAACUUUGAGGAAAUGUUCGCAUAUAUCCACAAUCUUUAGGCAUUUCUCUCAGUCUUUCCUUUCAUAUGAAUAUAUAUAUACAGUUUAUACCAUAUUUUGUUGUUGAGUAUAAAUUUGGAAUUUGUGUAAUAUAUUGCUACUAAAUUAUAAAAAAAACCAAAACCUUUAAUGUAAUUAUUUUGUCUUCCAAUGUAGCUUUAAUGCACUAUAAACUUUUAUUCCUUAUGAACCACGGCCAACAGAUUCUGUUAGAAAGAUGGUGUAUCUAGAGCCAUAUUCUUUUAACCAUUUUAGCCCUUCCUGUGCUAUGUAAGCCAUUUGCUUAAUUUUUGCACUAUAUUUGAUCUUUCAUUUUUCUCUAACAGUUUUGUUUUUGGAAAUAUCUGAAACUCUGCUUUAACAAAUAGCAGAACUAUAUAUUAAAUAUUCCUGCUACUCUAUAUAGUAAGCACACUUUAAGUGUCCUUGUCCUUAAACUCACAGAAACAAUACUAUUAAUUGAUUAUAUGAUGAGACACACACACACACACACAUUCCUGCAGCACAGGUGUGUGUGCACAUUCCCCCCUGUCCUGAGGGUCUUUCCCCUUAGUUACAUGCGAUCUCUCCAUCCCUGGAGGAAGAAGUGUGUGUGGAUGAAGAGGUGGGAUCAGAGUGGUGUCUUCUUACCAACACCAAGGGCAGUUAUGCAAAAGAAAACCUUCCCAGGUCCCUUUGUUCUAGAUAAUUAUCAGUGAGUGCUUUGAAGCUUUUAUGGUCCUAAUUCUGUCUUUUCUAGUCUAAUUUACUGGCCACCAAUGCCAGGGGCUUAUUGUUCUGCCAGUAGUUCAUACGUCUGCACAUAUCAUCCUGGUAUGAGUUGGCUAAGGUAUUUACGGCAGGUAUCAGGUGUCUAAUAUCUUCUCGUCAAGUCUUCCACAAGUAGGAUGAUUAGCAUUCGCGACUCUGAAAGAUGAGUAUGUAGUUGCUUCAUAACAGAUUUAAUUUCAAAGUGAAUAGUGAGCCAAAAAA